CUAGUCUUUAUUUUUCCCGCCCUCCUACUCCCUAGGAAAAAAAAAAAUGUUGAGCAUCCUGUCAGCGAAACUCCAGCAGGAAGCUGAAAAGUCACAACAGGUGGCAAUUGCGAAAGAAAAGAGGUUUAAUGCUGCUCUUGUUGGCAUUCGUGCACCGGGUCCCAGAGUUCCAAUUAGCAAGGCAAGGGCCUUGCCGUGGCAAAAAUUUGCAGGCAUCCAAGGAUCAUCAUCUGCUUCAAGCUCUAGUGCUGCCAAGUCUCUGCCUUACUUUAAGCCACCAUCGCAUUGUGCCACAGGCGUUUCUUCCGCGAAAGCAAAGUCAUUAGGUGGGAUUCCAAGAGAAGUGAUGACAGGCAAGCGAAAAGUCGCUUGCGACAUAGCCGGCAACAUCCACAAGCUGGGCAAUGCUCUGUCGAGCCUGGAUAACAUGUUGUUGAACUCGAAAAGCAACGCUGUUGCGAAUUCCCGGCUUCGCACCUACGAGAUCAUAAUGUCCAAGUCUUCUAUCAAACCGUGGCCAGCCACCGAGGUGUCCUUGUACACUUUCAUAGGUGUAGCGGUUGCGGCCGAGUAUGCGUCCACCCCGGAGAUCGUGAGUGAUGUUCUUGCCGCGUCCCCC